GCCCCGCGCCAGGCCGCGGUUGCCAGGCAACGGCUGGGGUCCCCGCUGCGGGUCUCGUGGGGUUCCGCCGGGCUAUGGGUUCCCCCGGCCUUCGGCCGCUCCUUCUUGUGCUCCUGGAUUGCUGCGCCUCCGUGAGCGCCCAGGCCGCUGCCACCCCGCCCGUGACGACGGAGGGCUUCAACUCUACGGAGGCAGCCUGGAUGACUCUCCGACCCGCCUUGUCUCCUAGGCCCCCCGGAACCCCCAAGGCCCCCGGGCCCUUCUCUGGCCCCAGGCCCACUCCGGUCACGGACGUUGCUGCUCUGUGUGUCUGUGACUUGUCUCCAGCACAGUGUGACGUCAACUGCUGUUGUGAUCCUGAUUGCAGCCCCGUGGAUUUCAGUGUCUUUUCUGCCUGUUCAGUUCCAAGUGUCACGGGUGAUAGUCAGUUUUGUAGUCAAAAAGCAGCCAUCUAUUCACUGAAUUUUACAGCAAACCCACCUCAAAGGAUAUUUAAACUUGUUGACCAGAUUAAUCCAUCUAUUUUCUGCAUUCAUAUUACAAACUAUAAACCUGCAUUAUCAUUUAUUAAUCCAGAAGUGCCUGAUGAAAAUAAUUUUGAUAAAUUGAUGGAAACAUCUGAUGGUUUUUCCUUGAAUUCAGAAUCAGAGAUUUCUUUCACAAUCCAGUCAGAUGCUCCAGAUACUGCAAAAUAUGAGUUUGGGGUUCGUCUGCAGACUUCAGAUUCAUUCUUGAGAUUUCCCUCUCCCCUUACGUCAUCUCUCUGCACUGAUGAUAACCCUGCAGCAUUUCUGGUGAACCAAGCUGUUAAGUGCACCAGAAGGAUAAAUUUGGCACAGUGUGAAGAAAUUGAAGCCCUGGGCAUGGCUUAUUACAGCAGCCCUAAAAUUUUGAGGGUGCCUGGUUUAAGAACAAAGGCAGAGAUCCCUAUCACUGUUCAGUCCAUCCUCAUGGAGUCUCUGAAUAAAACGCUAGCCCGACUGGAGGACACAGAUGUACUGAACCAGACUCUUGUUGAGGCUGGGGACGUUAAAAUCUGCACUAACGUUGUUCUUGAGGUCAAGUACAGCCUCACAUAUACAGAUGCAGGGGAAAUAACCAAAGCUGAUCUCUCUCUCCUUCUGGGGACAGUGAGCAGUGCAAUGCUUCCACUUGAGCAAAAGUUUGAAAUUCGUUUCAUUCAGCAAAAUACAAAGCCGGUUCCUCUCAGUGGAAACCCUGGUUAUGUUGUAGGGCUCCCAUUAGCUGCUGGAUUUCAGCCUCAGAAGGGAUCUGGGAUUAUUCAGACCAUGAACAGAUAUGGACAACUUACUAUUCUUCGAAGCACAGCGGAGAAAGACUGCUUAGCACUCGAGGGGAUCCGGACCCCAGUGUUAUUUGGUUAUGAUAUGCAAUCUGGCUGUAAGCUAAGACUGACCAAAGCCAUCACGUGUCAGCUCGCAGUGCAGAAAGUGAAGAGCCUCCUGAAGGGCCAUGGCUUCCCGGAUUAUGUGGCCCCUUUUGGAAAUUCCCGGGCCCAGGAUGUGCUGGACUGGGUACCCAUCCACUUCAUCACCCAGGCGCCCCACAUGAAGGAUUCCUGCCAGCUCCCAGUGGCUUUGGUUAUAGAAGUGAAGUGGACAAAGUACGGAUCCUUACUGAACCCACAGGCUAAAAUAGUUAAUGUCACUGCAAAUCUAAUUGCAUCCUCAUUUCCUGAGACCAACUCAGGAAAUGAAAGAACGGUUCUUAUUUCCACUGCGGUUACUUUUGUGGAUGUGUCUGCACCUGCAGAGGCGGGCUUCAGGGCUCGGCCAACCAUCAAUGCCAAGCUGCCGUUUAAUUUCUUCUUCCCCUUUGUUUGACCGUGACCUUAGAAUGGGGCACCGUCUGGUCUUGGUGAUUUCCAGUACUGUCGGCACAUAGGUCACGUGUGGAAAGCAAAUUGCAGCUUUGGGAAGAUGGUACAGGGGACAGACCCUGAAGUAGCUCAGGCAUCGAGGGUUCAUCCGGUGUAUUCAUCCUGUGCUUCAACAUGACUUAUUUUAAAAAUACUCGCUGUUUGUAGUCGUUUUCUUUCCUUUACUGGUCCCGUGGAAACGAAUACAAAAAUAGCAAAAUUGUACAAAAUCAUGCAAGUAGAGCACAGGGCCUCAUGAGGGGAUCUUUCCCCGGUGUCACCUUCAUUACAUGGAGUCUUGGGUCUAAUUGCUGUUUCGGUGGCAGGCACUGGAGCUCUCCAACGGGUGGGUUGUACGGGAUACCACAGAGCAGUUCCUAGCAGUUGAUGCUGGAAAGAAGAGAGUAGGAGGUCCCGAGGGAGGGAGUUGCUCUUAUACAUUAAUUGCACAGUAAUUGAGAAAAAAGUUGUCAGGUGGCGGACCUGGGUAGAGCCAGUUAGAAGCUAGAUGCGGCAGAGGAGGGGCUGGGUACCUGAGGACAACCUCCCUGGAGGAAUAUGCACCAAGAGGAGCUGCUGAGAACAGCUUGGGAAGAGAAGACUUUCUAGAAUGGGCUGGUGGCUAAGGUAGCUUUCUUUUUUCCUUUGUCUUUCAGAAUGCCCAUAUGAAAGAAUGCACUGGUUCCUCAAUAUACACACGAAACGUGAAAAGUACACUGAUGAGAUAAAAUUUUAUAUACAACUA